AUGGAAGAAUAGCAUUAAUUAGAUAUUGGAUCUCAAGUGUUACCUUUAGUUGAGUCUCAAAAACCUUAUUUUCCCCCCAAAGUAUUACAAGCUGAAUUACAUGGAGUAAUUUUGUUUCUAAUUAAAGAAAGUAUAUAAAAUUCAUAAAGGGUUUCAAAUUGGUUCUUAAAGAUGCUAUUGCUGCAAUUAUCAUUUGAUUCAAGACUAUUUUGACUUAUUUUGCAAUAUUAAAGAAUUCAAAUAUAAUCGGGCUGCAUAUUUAUACUUUUUACAACUCCAAUAGUUUAUAUUUCUGUUCUGCAUUCCAUGGUAUUAAUUAAAUUAACAAUCAGCAUAACUUUUCUACCUUAUGCUAUGUAUUUCAAUUCUUAAGGAGAUGAAUGCGAAAAAAUGAAAAAUUGCAUUCCAAGCUAUUAUAAUUAGUUCUCUAUAUGGAAUCAAACCCAAGAUUAUUUUUAGUUAGAUAAUAUUUAUUUACAAAUCUUUUACCUACUUACAAUAUUGUUAAGCUCGGUAGGAGUUUAUUUAAUGAUAUUUGGAAAUAAGCACAAGAUUUUCCUCAGCAACUAAUACUCUAGAGCUUUUCUUUUGUAAUCAGUAAUGGUAAUGUAUGAUUAAGAUGAAAUAAAAUUUAAAUAAGAAAGGCAAGCUUUGAAAAAUCAUUAGUAUAUUAAAGUGCAUAGUUUAGAUAAAUUUUAAGAGACCAUAAAAAACUAAACAGAAAAAUAUUAUAUAUAAGCUCAUCUUGAUAAGUAUCAAUAGUUAAAUAUCUUUUAGUUAACAAUAAGUAUUAGAUGCUAUGUUUUAGGAAAAAGUUAAUCCUCGUUUGAUACAAUAAGGUACAAUAAUAAUUUUUCAGUCAGAAGUAAAUUACGAAUUAUAUAUAGAGCGAAAAAAUUGACUUCUAAAUCCAAAAUAAAGAUAUCAUAGUAGAAGACGGGGAGCAAAGAUAUAUAACUUAAAAUAAUGCAAAAAUUAAUUGCAAAAUUAUUCUCAAGAUUCUAGGAAUAAUUAUAGUUGCUAUAUUAACUAUUUUAUCAUUGGCAUUUAGUGUAUAUUUAUAAGCAAAGUAUUUGAAAACUAAUUCUACUCUAGUUUAAGCAAACUUGCUCAAAAUUUUCCUUAAUAUUCUAUUCUACUUUCAAAUAUAUUUUUCAAAUUUGAUUGCCAAAAAUUUGCUUCAUCAUAACAAUUAUUAAUAAAUAUAUUUCACUGUAUUUAUCUUUUAAUAAAAUAGUGCUUAGUCAUAGGCUUUAAAAAUAUAAAUAGAAUUUUUACAACUAUAUCUAAUUAAGAAGCAUAUUUAUAAGAAAAUGGAAUAAUUGAUAAUUUAAUUAUACUUUGUUACUUAAAUAUCGUUUUACCAAAUCUGACUACAAUAUUUGAUUCAAAAUAUUUAUUUAACUAGUUUAAAAAAAAUUAUCUGAAAAGAUAGCAAAGGACAAAUUUAGCAUAAAUUGAAAUUAAUAAAUAUUUUGAGGCAAGAUAAUUAUCUUUUGAAUUAAAAUAGUACAGAAUCUUUUAAAUCUGUUUAAUUGGCCAAAUAUUUAUGAUAGACUUUCCAUUAAUAGCCCCUUUAACAUUAUUGGCUCUUUGUAUUAUAUAUUGGAUCGACAAAUUUAUUUUUGUUAAACAUUGCAUUCCAUUCUAAAAUUAAUGGGAAGAAGAUAAUACUUUAGAAAUCCAAAAAUAGUAAUAUUUACAAUUUUAUAUUAUGUAUUGCUUUUAAAAUUUUUUCUUUUUUAAUAAUCCUCUUUUAAUUUUUGGAAUGCUUGGUUAUAUUAUUUUCUUUAAAAUUAUUAUUACUCGGAAAUUAGAUAAAAUGGUUUUUCAAAAUAAAACAACUCUUAAACCUUAAAAAUUAAAAAAAUAUGCAUAAUAAUAUGAUCUGGUUCACAUUCAAGGGGAAAUUGAAUAUAUAAAACAUCAAUAUUUAUAUGAAACAUUCAAAAUUCUAAAGUAAUAUUUAUUAAAAGUAAUAAAUCAAUAUUAUAUAGAAAUUGGAAACAACAAGAACUUAAAUAAAGGAUACAUCAAUCUGA